UUGGAUACAAUAGGGAGACAUAUUGUGACGUCUUAUGGGAUUUAACCCUUCGCAAUCUUGGUCAUUAUUGGCAAUCUCGGUGAUGGAUCUAACUGAAAUGGGUGAAAGCGUUAAAGCAGCUGAAUUGGGAAGUGGCCGAUGAUCCCAACUUUGAGAUAAGAUGGGGCUUAUUGACAGAGUUAUAGGAGUUUGCCUUAUUUCCUCCAGCCGCUUUUCUUGUAUUCUUGCUUAUUUCCUCAGAACUACAGGAUUGAAAGAGAUGUGUUGAUUAGGCUAUGGAUUGCAGCGGGGUUCAUAGAGAAAUGCAAGGGGAUCUUAAAGGAAGAGGUGGCAGAAGAUACCUCAGGUUGGCCAGUAUCGAACCUGAUUCAAGUGUUGCUUGCUCAUCCCAAUGGACAAGUUCAAGAAUGCUGUGCCCAUGAUUCACUACAGCAACUUGUUCUCUUUCUCCUAUAUAAUGAGAAAUUUGGGACAGCUCUGACUAGAGGAAACACCGAACUGCCUGAUAAAAUUCAUCGUGUAUCAAUUCAUGAGUACCAUCAGAACAAUGUAUUACUCACAUGUAACUUGCACAUGCAUACCCUUCUCAGUUUUGACGUCGACAGCUUACCCACUUUCCUGCCUUAUGUUUCAUCAAAUUUCACAAUGUUAAGAGUCCUAGAUUUGGAAGGUCUCAAUGUCAAAAAGUUGCCCAAUAAAAUAGGAAACCUGAUCCUUCUGAGGUAUCUAAGUUUGAGGAACACGGCCAUUCAAGAGUGUCCUAAAUCAUUGCAAAUUCUCCAUGGCCUGGAAAUAUUAGAUGCUAGAAGGAGUUCUCUAGAAUCUCUGCCCCAUGAAAUCUCAAGUCUGAAACAUCUGACCCAUCUGCUAGUUGGUAAAGAAGCUUGGGACUCACAAAUGGAUAUACUGACUCAAUUGCUUAAACCAGAGGGAAAUCCCAACACCAACACUGAACAAUGUCUUUAUCAAUAUCAGUGUGGGAGAAUUAAGAUUUCUCCAUACAUUAAAGCAUAUAAGAGAACAUGGAAAUACCUUCAAAGCUUGGAUAUGGUUUCCAUGGAUUAUGAAGCUCCCAUACCCAUAGAAGUAAUAUCUUGCAGCCCACCACACCCUAUUCCUCAUCUACAUAUAAAUGCAGUUUUGGAGAGGCUACCACAAUGGUUGUGCUCCCAGGAGAGCAUCAGACAGUUACACUUGAUUUCUUAUUUGUUAACUGAAGAUCCACUUGAAGCCUUACAAUAUUUGCCCAAUUUGGUGGAGCUUGUGCUUUAUAGGACAUGCAAUGGAAGGAAAAUAGGAGAUGAGGGUACAAGAGGGUUUCCAAAACUCAUGAAACUCACUCUCUCCUACUUGGAUGAAUUGGAAUGGUUGGGCGGGUCAGAGGGGAUUUAUGCAAUAUCUGCAAAUUCUUAGUGUCGUUGGCUUAAAUGUUGAACUCUUUAGAUGAUCGUUGCAGUCAAAUGUCUUAAUAUUGAAAAUGUGUCAGAGGAGUUCCUCUUGAAGUUGAGACUGAAUGAGGGAGAAGACCAUUACAAAGUCAAACACAUAGCAAAUAUUAGAGUGGGAUGUAUUGUUUAGGGAAUAUCUAAAACGAUGCUUGAAAGUAGAAUGGCGCUUUGAGGGCUUAACAUUAAAAUAGGAUGCGAAUUCCUAAUCCAGGCUUUAGGUAAAAAUGAAAUUCAAAAAUUGCUAUCUUGGACAUGUACUAACCAGGCUUUUCGUUCACGACUACGACCUUCAUCCAUUCUGAACCUAGAUCUAUGCUACAAAUAGCUGAAUUUGAGGAAGUGGGGUUGGGUGCAAAAGCGGAGGAGACCCAAGUGGAGAAAGAGCUUGGGUGGUGGUAUUGUUUGAGAUGGGUCUCCCUCUCUCUCAGGAUUCUCUUGGAAGCCAAAUGGUGCACAAAAUAUAUACAAGGUUCGGACAUACUCAUGAGAAAAGAAAUUUAGACAAUACAUGGUUCGGAUAUGUUCUCUUUUAGUUCUGAUGAUAAAAAGUAAUUUCAUUGGUGCUCGCCCUCGUUAGCAUACAUAAUAUAAAGUUAAAUAAAAAUACAGUAAGAACAGGUUUUAUCAGUAUUUAUGCAAGCCAGGAGAUCAAUAAACAAUUUUUUAAAGGUAUUUGAACAUUUUAUAAGGCCUUUCCAUGUUUAGAAUUAAAAUGUUCUUAAACAUUUUAUACGGCCUUUCUAUGUUUAGAAUUAAAAUAUUCACAAAGAGACAAAAUAGAUGUUGAAAACAAGCUUUUUAUACAAUAUACAAUAUAUUAAAAUAGAAAUAAAGUUAAAAACCAACAAAAACAAGGAGCAAAACAUAACCACAUGAUGCAGGAAAAUAAAGAAAAGAGGAAAAAACAAUUCAAUUAACCAUCAAAAUAGGUCACAUUUAAGUGGGCCUGACUUUCCUUGUACAAAAAAGAGACCCCAAAACCCUAGAUAGGGCCCAGUGUUAUAGUUCGCACCCCGUUUCACGGUUCACACCCCAAAAAGUAUUAAAAACCGUAACACCCGAGGCCUUUUUAUUACAUUAUAACAGAAAAAGACCAAAACUGCCCCCACUUAAACCAUUACAAAAAUAUUGGAAAUCACUAAUAGACAGUAAAAACAGCAAAAAACUAAAAAUAAACUCCUCCAACAGUCGACCUUCCCUUCUUGGAUAUCCUUGCGACCUUGGGAUGUAGAUCAUCAUAAAACGGGUCAUCAAAGGAUGGAUUGAUUGGGUCAAAAGGCCCAUGAGAACUAUCUUGACCAGUCGAAAGACCGUCUAGUGCACUGCUUACUCUCACAUCAGUCAAAGCAAUGACCGCAAUACCAUUGCAACCAUCUACAUCAUUCAGGAGUACAAACUCGUAGACAGCUGAUGGGCCACACUUCCAUUGGUUACAAUACUGUUCAUUCUUUAGCCACAUGGGCUUAGCCUCUCAGAAUUAUCAUUCCAAAGCAAGGUCCUUUAAGUUAUCUAUGACAGGUUUGAUUUUUCUAUUUAUGCCAUUUGUGACGGGUUUCUUCAAAUCACAAAAAAGUACCCUACCAAGGUUCAAGGAAUUCAAUGAGUUGCUCUGAAUUACACGCCAUCCAUGUUAAGUAGAAAACAGGUACCUAUCCUGAAAAUAACUUGGAAACUAAAGUAUUAACAAAGGAAAAUUGUUUCAUGCGGGCUGGACCGAAUGACCACAAAUGCGGUCCAAAACGCGUAAAGCAUCCAUCUUAACGAUGGACUCAAGUAGGUGUUCCAUCUAAACACAAUGGAAACUAACGGUCCAAAU